AUGACAAGAAAAUCGGAGAUCAACCUGGCAUCAAUGGGGUCAGCGUGGUUGCUCCCCAUCGUCGCCUGCGUUGUUGCAGCUGCAUCGGGUGCAAUAGUUGCUGAUGCGCUACCCAACCCGCAAUAUGCUCUAGGUACCAUCAUUGCUAGCUUCGUGUUAUGGGGGGUUGGCAUGCCACUUGCAAUGAUGGUCAUUGUGAUUUAUCUCGCCCGUCUGAUGCUAUUCAAACUCCCACCAAAUAACAUCAUAGUCAGCACUUUCCUGCCCCUCGGUCCUCUGGGACAGGGCGGUUUUGGUAUCCAGAAGCUUGGAAGCAUGGCGAAAACUACCUUUUCCAAGACAAACACCCUGCCAGAAGGGGCCGGUGACACAUUCCAUAUUAUGGGCCUUGCCAUGGGUCUACUUCUCUGGGCGUUUGGGCUCCUGUGGCUCUUCUUUGCGAUUGGGUCUGUUCUCCGUAGUCGAAGGUUUCCUUUCAACCUAGGCUGGUGGGCAUUCAUCUUCCCAUUAGGUCGAGAUAUGCCGUCGAGGUUUUUUGAUGUAAUUGGAACGGUCUUCUCUGUCGCAGCGGUAUUACUGUGGAUUCUUGUCAUGGUGUAUACGAGCAUGGGUGUUUAUGAUCGACAUCUUUUUGUAGCUCCUUGUCUAGCCGACCUGCGCGAGAAACAGCAGCAGAGGUGUCCAGAGCAAAGAGGAAGUGUUUAA